GGAUGAGAGCUGUUCCUCUCACAAGCUGGCGUUGAGUUAUGUUGAUGAUCACUCACGAUGAAAGUCGAAGGCGUUCGGAUCAGGAAAUAGAGCUCCUCGUCCAUACAGAAUGAAGAUGGGUCGGGACGAUCCGAGGAAAAGCUUCGCUGUCGGAUUGAGACUCUGGCGUGACUCGUCGUGUGACUGUUCGUUCUAGAUCUGUUCCCUGCUACGAGCACUAUCGUUACUCGAAGUAGCCGCAGUGUUUGCUCUGGACUGGAAAACACGAAACUUGUCGUCAGGAAGUGUGGCACUCAUCGCCACUGCUAGCGCUUAGCGGCUAGUUCACAAAGCGGAGAACGGUGCAAAUUUAGAACCCGUGGACUGGCUGUGGAGGACGGAAGAAUCGAGCUCGGCGGCUUGAAAUAAAAGUGAGCUAUGGCCAGCACCACUCCUCAGGACUGGCAUGCUGACAGCUCCAGGGCCAGCUCCAGGGAUAGGAGCAGACGUACUGACAACGAAGUGUACUUUUACAAGGUCGUCGAUGGAUAUCUCCCUGGGCUGUCCAAGGCGAUGGAUUUUGAUCUUCUCAACCGCCUGGCACGUGAGGAUAGCACUAUUGCUCCGGAUGAGUGGUGGCAUCUUAAAGAAUUCCGUGAGGAGAGCGUACCUGCCAAGAAUCUCAAGCUGCUCUCCGCUCUAGCACAGCAUGGCAAGCAUGGUGUGGCCAAACUAGUAGCACUACUGGAGUAUCAAGGAACCGAGCAAUGCCUCCAUCUAGCACAGCAGCUCCUCAAGAAAUCAGGACUCGCACACCGCACUUUGAUUCCACUGUCCUGGAUAGCAUCGUCUCGCUCCAGGCAAGCAACAACCCUUCCUCAGUCCAGGCUGGCUGAUGACAACAUUAGAGUACACAGCAACCCGGCGGCGUGGAGCUUCUUGAUUGCAACUCUGCGCUGUGAUCAGCCUACCACUGGGAAAAGCCAUGCCCAUCCAAAAGGGAGCCCUUCUGAACAUGCCACUGAUGGCGUGGAGGUGGAAGAGUUGGAUGUCUUUGAUGAAGAUGCUGUUGGUACUGAAGAACCAUCAUAUCCAUCAGGUACAAGCAGUCGGCGUAGCUACCCUGCACAUAGCAAUCCUACACAAGGUAUCAGUGGCCACUCUCAGCCUCGGGACAAGAUUGGUGACAGAUCAACAGCUGCUGCAGCAGCAGCGGCCACGGCAGCAGCAGCAGCAGCUCUGACCUCAGCCGUAGCAUCCACAUCGUCUGCUUUGAUUCAGAGUCAGCGUGGUGCACCUACCGUACACUCCACAGCGGAUUUACAAAAGGCAACAGCUGAAAAUCAGCCAUCAAGCACUACUAGCAAAGCGUCAACAAGUAAACCCAAGCAACAUGUAACAGGACCAAGCAGCCAGGCACAUGCAAUGGCUAACAGCGUCAGCAACAAACAUGCAGUGGCAGCAGCUGAACACCGCGAGUUACUGCACACUUCUCUUGCUGGCUUGAACGAUUCUGUUCGAACAUUUACAGGAGCACUCACAGACAAUUCCACUGAUGAGCAAACCAGUGACACCGAAGCGUCGGCAAAGAAAGUGGUCAAGGAAAGCGUACAAAAAGCAGACUUCUUGACGAUCCUAGAUACCUUGUUUCCCGAUAGACACACCUCUGCUGCUACUGAUAUCCCUACUGGCGAUUCCUUUGGCACAGACCAUAAUGAUGGCCCCAACAAACCACUGUCGGAUUUAUCCGUCCGACAUGAUGGGACGUGGAAGACACGCAUCAAGUCGUUUGCUGUGUUAGGCAGUGAACACCUGAUGGAGACAUUUCUGGCCCAUCACCAGCUGCUGGAUGAGUUGUCGCUACGUCGCCUGAUGCAGCCGUCAUGCAGCACUCUGUAUGCACUGCUUGAUUGGCAGGACAAGUCAGUGAUUUACCUUGUCCAUCUGAACAGGCUUGACAACGCCCUGCUGCAGUUGCAUCUUGUCUACCAGGCCUAUCAGGCCACUCAUACUAUGCUGGUGCUACUGGAGAGAGCGGACUUCCCAACGUACUGGUUACCCAGUCAUCUCGCGCAGGCACCGGUAAAACUGACAAAGUCUAGCCUGAUCAUGACCCGUGCCUCAGGACGUCGUCCGGCUGAUCAACAGGAUGUGCCGCUACCAAGCUGGGCAAGCUGGGCAUUUGGUGUACUGCAGAUGACGUUCAGGGAGUUCUUCUGUUCAUUCAAGCUGAACAACACAAUGAUACCUCCCACGCUAAACCUGCAUGUGGCGGUCAAUGAUCCUGACGACGACUUCUGCAGAAAAACAAAGUGCGCACUUGGUACGAAGAAGAGUAUUACCCUCGAGAAUUGUCUGAAUAGCUUCUUCACUCCUGAGCCGAAUCCAGACAAGCGAGACUCAACUGCAGUCCUGCACAACCAGAAUCCUUACCAAGAGUAUCCUCAACCUCCACAGAAACUGGGCUGGAAAAGGAAGAGCACAGGCAGAGGCGGUGCAGCAAGAUGUCCGGUUGUAGAAGACCAGCGCAUCACCACCUCCUCCAUCUUUACUCUGGACCCGAUAGAUGCGUUCCUCGGUGAGCAGGAUGGACAGGAUGUGUUUCUUAACGAGUAUGCCACAAACUUGAUUGGUGUGACAUGCAUCACAAUGAUGGAAAGCAGUCACACCAAGAAACAACGUGGCUAUGGGCAUCGGCGAGAACAACGCACACGCCGCAAGCAUCUACAGACUGGCGACAUCACCAUGAAGAUGGAGUUCCCGGUUGAACCUGACCCGGCGACACGUAAAGCAAGUGCAUCGGCAACACCUGGCAGCAUGCAGCAUUCAUUACCUGAAGCUAGCAGCACCGCACCAAGAUUGCACCGAUCUUCAAGUGUUACUGGCACAGAUCAAGUUGCGGACCUCCCAAAGACUCCCGUCACGCCAACGGGCAGCAAAGAGGGUACUGGCCUGGCCAGCUCCGCGUCAGGAAAAGGGGCGACUCCCACACGCUCCCAAAGCAUCACUGAACGCACAGGUGCAACGGGCACGAAACGGCCAAAAAAGCUCUUGCCUGGGCCAGCUCUGAAUACUUGUCUGGAGCAGGGAAUUAUUGAAAAGCCAGAGGAUGAAGAGGCUGAAGGAAGUGAGCAGAUGCCAAUGCUCAGCAUCUAUUCAUCAGAUCCCAUUCAGCAAGGAGAAUACCUAAAGACAUGGCAGACCGGCAGCCAGCCUACUCUAUUCGAGCAGUACAGAAGAAUUGACCAAGCAAACCCACUCAGCCAUGUGCUGCUCUCGUGGAAGAAGCCCGUUCGCGUUAUCUGCUGCAUGGCUGACGAUGAGACUGAAAGCUACCGAAUCCUUAAUCGGACAUUUGGAACAGCCAUAUCGCCCAGCAUGCUAUACCGCUCCACAGAUGAUGGGGCGAGUCGUCUUGUUGUCUGCGUCAAGACACUGCCCAACUGCUUGUAUGUGAUCCUGUGCUUCCAUGGUGUCAACCUAAAAGAGGCGUAUACCGAAUGGAAACCUGCGUAUGAACCGCUCCUUCUCGCCGCCGUUGGCCUGAGCAAUCUGUUUGUGCUUGUGUCGGCAGAAAUGGAUCAAAUGCUGUGUGCUUUCACUAGUGUGUUGCAUGCUGCAAUGCAAGGGUUGCGUGGCGAUGCAGCCGGUGCUGAUGGUGAUGGUGAUGGCCAGCAUCAUUGCCCAAACCUGAAGCAGCUUGACGAGCCACUCUUCAGCGGCAAGCUUCUUCUCAUCAAUGCAUCCAGUGGCGAGGCUGACGCCACUCCUGCGCGUGGAGUCAGUGAGACUAGUGGGCUGAGGCAGUCGGACACAGUUACGGUGGAAGGCGUAGUACGCGCAUCAUUCAGUCAGCUUGCAUAUCUGUUGCCUGAGACCAAAGCAGGUGGAGCUCAGGUAUUUCAGCGGCUCAAUCUCAUUGCUGAGGAAAUUGCCUGCAAUCUGAGGACUGGUCAAGUUGGUUUCUAUUCGACAGGCUGCUGUUUCCUUGAACUCCAACAGCUGUUCCUCUCUGCCAUUGCUGCUGGACAGUAUGAUGAUGUUCAUGUCCACACCAUGAUUGGCCAUCAAACAGCAGCGUUGUGCGAGCAGAUAAAGACAGUUCUCUCGGACCACUCCAGCUCCACAGGUACACCAGCAGUACAGCCGCUCUACAUCAAUAUCAACAAGCAGCGCACCAUGCUGACAUGCCCGGAAGAGUCUAGUCUCCUCAGCCAGUAUCCUAAUAUUCCCCUGGCUCCCGUGCAAGAUGCACGGCACGAUGAAGAUCAGCGACAACUACUGCACGAGUUGGCCAUGGCUGUGGUACAUACGCAUGGCUGUAUUCAGCGCUGUCGGAUACUCAAACGGCACCUGAAGAACGGCGUGCUCAGCAUUCUCCGUCAAAUGCUACAAACCAAGUGCAGGGCUGUGAAGAGUGUUGUGUUGCAUCAUCUUCAGGAGUGUCACCAUCCUCAGCGUCUGGAGCAAGUGUGCCGCCGAGAAAUGGAGGCGUUCCUGUCAGCAUGGAAGCUGUGCGAUGGACACUGUCGCUGCACACAUCCUUGCCUCAAACCUGCAAAACAUGAUGGCCCGUGUGACUGCUACUCCGAGGAGAGACUGAGCCAACGAGAAGAGGACUUUGGGCAAUGUACACUGGGCUGUGAGCAGUGUAGCUUUUGUCGUUGGUAUUUCAUCCAGUGAGUCCUACUCAGUGGCCAGUCACACCUCUCCAUGAGCCAUGAGCACUGCAGGGUGAGCCAUGAGCACUGCAUGGGUGAGCCAUGGCCAAUCAAUACUCUCAAUGCCCGGUGCUGAAGGUGUGCUGUGGCGGUCACUCCAUUCCAUGCGCAAUCCAUGGCUCCAGGACUAGUCAGCUUCCGGUGUGUCUUCACAAGCACGGAUCACGUCCAGGAUGUUUGCUCGACAUCACCUGUGAGUGUGUGUGUGUGUGUGUGUGUGUGUGUGUGUGUGUGUGUGUGUGUGUGUGUGUGUGUGUGUGUGUGUGUGUGUGUGUGUGUGUGUGCACUUUGUGCACUGGUUGGUGGGUGGUGCCACAUGUUCAUUCACUGGGCCACGCUUAGCAUAUCUGCAAAGAGUUAUUAUUAUUUUAGGUGCAAGUUAGAUUCCGUAGACGUCAGUUUUUUAUCCCAUGUUGGCAAUGCCAAUUCAAAAUUUACGAUAGAAACAUUUGGAUUCUGUUAUGAACUGCUAUGUUAGGUGCCGUAUGACUCUUGUUUCACUAUGUAUGUUGCUAUGCAUGCAGUGUACAUGCUCACCCAUGCACGCGCCUCCGGUUGGUGUGUACACCGCACAUGUCGUGCAUGUGUCUAGCCACGCACAGUUCACUUCUUGCUUUAGGCCCAAUUAGGGCUAGCCGCUGUCUAACUGUGCAUCCGCUGUCUAACUGUGCAUCCGCUGUCUAACUGUGCAUCCGCUGUCUAACUGUGCAUCCGCUGUCUAAUUAGGGCUAGCCGCUGUCUAACUGUGCUGCCGCUGUCUAACUGUGCAUCCGCUGUCUGGUCACAGUGACCUUGCUUGGCUGUGUCAUGUCGCCGGAAGGGUACGACUGGUCCGCGGUCUGAAUGACCAACCGUGUUGCAUGAAUGGUUUGAUUCGGUGUAGCUUUACUGCUACAUGAUUGCAUUCAUGUUGCAUGACAAUGGGACUAUUUAAUGAUGCGUACCUUCCAUUGUCUUUGCUGCCUUUCAGUUUCUUAGUUUGUCAGCUAACGCUGUAGCUGGACUUCUUUCUUAUAUUGCACGCCCGUCUUUCUGUAGUUCAGUUGAUCUUUAGUUCAGUGUACUUCAGUCUGGUUCUAUGUCUUUCCCAACUCACUUGUAAAUAUAACUCGUUUCCUAAUCCGAAGUGUUGCGUUAGUGCUGGGUGGUCGAACGUGGGUUCCACAACAAUUCUGGCCCAUUUUUUGUUUCACUUUUACUGCAACUGCUGUGCCUGGCGAGGUGCUCAAUCCUGGUGUCUUUACAUGGUUCAGGGCAGCAGAAAGAACACAUCCGAACGGCCUUAUUGCAAGCAUUUCUCUUUCUCUCUCCUUCUCGGCUUGCUGCAUCUAUAUUUUCAGCAUGUUUAAAUUCAACAUGUAGCUAGUAUUCUAGUUCUAUGUACCUAUUCUAGUUAUCAGUUGUCUGAUGAUUGCCUAUGCCUAUGCCUAUGCCUAUGCCUAUGCCUAUGCCUAUGCCUAUGCCUAUGCCUAUGGGCCGCAUGAAGCUAUUAGUAACAAGGGAAUGAUGCGUGGCCAUGA